AUGACGUCAGCUGGCGGAGCCCGUCAAUGCGGUAGUGACAGCGGAGGAACGCACUGACUGGAAAAGCACAAGCCUGACACUAAAACUAAGCCUGAAUACUGGGCUGAAGGCGAUCGGAAGAGAGCCCGAGGCCGCAGAAGAACAGCAUGGGGAACGCGGAGAGCGGCUGUGGCGCGGGGAGCGGCGAUGAGGAGGACGUAGAAACGGAGAGUCCCGUGUUCGCCGAGGGCAGCCCGGCCUCUGCGGCCACAGGCACCAGGGCCGGCAACGAAGGUGGUGGUGGUGGUAAUGGUGGUGGUGGUGGUGGAGGAGGAGGAGCAGCAGCAGCAGCGGCGGCGGCGGCGGCGGCAGGCUCCGGCCAGGGGAAAAGCGUAAGAAGUGCGGCGAACCCUCCGGCACCGAUCUACGGACUUCCCACCCCUGAAGCUCUACUGGAACAGGUGAAGCUGCGAGAGGCAGCGGCCCGUAUGAGCGACUCAUGGGUCGCCAUUUCGGAGUCGGUACUGGCUCGCAACGAGAGCGCUCUGGUGCGCUGGCUGGAGGAGCGUCUGAGCCGCGGAGAGGAGUCCGUGACCCUGGAGCAGUUCUGCGAGAUGCUGGAGACCAGAGACGCCACCAGAGAGGAGUGCGAGGAGGCCUUUGGUCAGUUUGAUGCUGAGGGUGAUGGGAUUAUUGAUGUGGAGAACAUGCUCAUGGCACUGAAGAACUCCAAUGGAGCCAAUCUUAAGGGAGAACUCAGUCAUGUGAUCAGGCAACUUCAGGCGUGCUCUUUGACACCAGGAUUUGUGGAUAUCUUCUCCAAGUCCAAGGACCGCCUCAAAGCACAUGCCUCCAAAAUUCUGAAAUUCUUGCACCGGAAUCGCAUCCCCAGCAGUGCCAUCCCAUUCCCUGUGCUGGAAGGCUACAACAGCAUCUGCACCAUGAGGUCAUCUGUACUGCAAGACUUCCUGGAAUACCUGCUGCAGAAGGAGAAAGAUCUAGACAUCCAGUACAGAGCGGAGCUCAAUCAUGACCCAGAUAUGGAUAAGGUCAAAGUGGUCACCCAGUGCUACAGCUUCAUCGAGGCCUCGUCCAAUAGUGCAGAUAUCAACAAGCUGACCAACGGUGAGACAGUGUCUUUCUGGCAGUCGGACGGCAGCGCUCGCUCACACUGGAUAAGGUUAAAAAUGAAGCCAGACAUAGUUUUGAGACGGUUGGCUAUUGCGGUUGCGUCUAAUGACCACAGCUACAUGCCACAGCUUGUGUCUGUAGCUGUAGGGAAGAGCCGGCGUUCCAUGCAGGAGAUCAGAGAUGUGAGGAUCCCCAGUAACGUCACGGGAUAUGUACCACUGCUAGAAAAUGCCAACAUCAGCCAUCCCUAUAUUCAGAUUAACAUUAAGCGCUGCCUUAGCGAUGGCUGUGACACACGUAUUCACGGUCUGAAGACAAUGGGCUACCAGAUCACCAAGAGCAAAGAGGUUUCAGUAUCUGACGCCUCGGCUAUAUGGUAUCUGUCUCUCCUCACGUCUCUGGUCACCGCUUCCAUGGAAACCAACCCUGUGCUUGCGCAGACAGUCCUACAGAGCACACAGAAAGCCUUACAGCACAUGCCACCCCUGUCCUUAACACCGUCUUCAACGGAGUUCCCCAAAUUCUUCUCUGCGAACAUUCUGGAAGAGGUGGACAGCUUUUUACUGCGCAUAGCAGACUGCUGUGUGUCUCCUGAGGCUGAGCUGACUCUGUUAUCAUUCGCUCUGGCUCGAGGCAGCGUGGCUAAAGUCCUCAUCUCUCUGUCUGGUAUCUGUGAGCAUCUGGACUCAGAAUACAGAGCUUCCUCACUGCUGGCCUCUAUGGCGUCGGUCCGGUUAAGACUUCUCUACCGCAAUGGUAAAGCCCUCCAGCUCCAUCUGCAGGCAUGUGAUGUGAAGAGUAAAGAGGAGAAGUCUGGCCCCGAAAACAUGCUGACGGAGCCCAACUCUGGAGAUGGUUUUCUGACAGAGAAUGGAAAGAGGAAAGCCAGUGUGAUUCUGUCCACUGAAAACCAGAGCUGCUUCCAGGUCACACAGAUCAAGAUAAAAGUGCGUAAAGGAGCCAUUGGUGCUAAAUGUGGCUUGUUGUUUGCCUACAAUGACAGCGAGCCAUUUGAUGCCGAUAAACAUUUCAAAAGAUUCAAAAAGUAUGAUAGCUGGGACUACAAAGACUAUAAAGAAUUUGUCCAAGACAGCACAAGGAUACCAGAAACCAGUGAGGAGGAGCCCAUUGGCUGGUUUGAGGUGGAGGAGGACUGGAAUGAUGUGGAGAUCAAGCUGCAACAAUGCAGAGUGUCAAAAUUUCUGAUGGUGAAGUUCCUGUGUGCUAGGCAGGACACAGCAGACCGGUUGGGGGUUCAGCAGAUGAGUUUCAGUGGUUAUUUGUGUCCAGACUCUGAGCGGAUGGAGGAUGUAGAGGAUCUGAGUGCUCAGGCAGAGGGGAGCGUCUUAGGCCUGGUUACGGGUCUCACUCUCAUGAAGAAAACCCUUUAUUUCAUCCAGCAGCUCACCAGAGAUAUGGAUGUGUCUCUGUCCAAGCAGAAGUCUCUGCUGGACUUUAGUGACCUCAACCUGCUGCUGUUCUGGGACUUUUACCGCAAACUCAGAUCCAUUGAGGGAGAAGAGGCUGUAAAGACACGAGUUCUCCUGCUUCAGCUGCUCCAGAACUGCUUCCCAAUGCUGCCCAGCCUGACAGAGUCCCAGCCGACAGACGUCACAGCAUCAGCAUCAGCCUCAGCCAGCGCAGAUGUGGACCCUGCAGAAGCUGUCGGAGAGCUCUACGAUCACUUGUGUCAAGUGGUGGAUGGGCCUGAAGGAGAGACUUCAGUGGAUAAAGCUCUGAGGAAAGAAGCUGUGAAAGCCAUUCUCAAUGGAGCCGCCAUCUUCUACCCUGACAAACAGAGCCGGAGGGACAAACUCUUCCUCUUGAUGCAAAACAUAACUGAGGAAAAUCAACUGGAGUCUGUAAAACUGACAUUCGAGUCUCUCUGCAGUUAUUUCAGUGAUCAUGACCCGAAAGGUCUCCUUAUGCUGCCCCCUAAAGGAGCCCCGUCUGACUUUGACAUCUCGCCUAUCCUGACCGUCAUGGACACACUGCUCAUUGUGGCCACUAGAGAGUGUGAGGUGUUGAUGUUGGACUCCAGAGGAGGGUCCAUUUGGAGGGUCCUGCUGUCUCUGUUCUGGGCUCUACAGGGAAGCCUGCUGUCCUGGUGUUUCCUGCAGCUUAAAGGAGGAACGGCCACCUCUGGUGAUCUGGCCAGGGAAAUUCUGCUUAAAUAUGUGGAACAGUUCCUGUCAGGUACCAAAGACAUACUGAGUCCUCUUGUUAAGCGUUUCUCUGGAGCUGACAUCAUGGAGAAACUCAGUGGAUCUAUCCUUGCCAUGGCAGCAAGACAGCUGACCAUCUUCCUGCUGGAGCUGUGUGCUUUGAAUAUUCCUCACUGUGUGCUGCUCAAGAGAUUCUACCCUCUGGCAGACAUGCUCAAGAAGCUGUCUAGUGACACAGAGGACAUCUUCUCUAAGGUAGAUAUGGAGGGCUGUCAACAGACACAGCAGCCUGUUGUUUUAAGGACGUGGCAAAUGGAGUCGCCUCAUAACUAUGAGAACAGCAGGCAUGAGACCACCAUCUUUGUCUGUCCUGGUGCCACAUCCUUCGAGGUGGAGUUUGAUGAACGCUGUGAAACAGAGAAAAGGUAUGACUAUCUGGAAUUCACUGAUGCUAGGGGAGGGAAAGUGCGAUAUGAUAUGAAGGUUGGAACGGAGAAAUGGCCAAAGAAAGUGACGUUUAAAGCGGGUCCCCAGCUGCAGUUUCUGUUUCAUUCAGACAGCAGUAAUAACGAAUGGGGUUACAAGUUCACAGUGACGGCGUACGGCCUGCCAGACGUCACCGUGUCCUGGACCUCAGACCUGCAGCUCCUCGUGUCCAGGCUGAUGGGACGUCUGGCCUCCCGCACCAUGGCUUUGAAAUCACCUUACGAAAUCCGUGGUGUGAAGGAGUUACCUGCAGGCUUGAUGAACCAUGUCCUGUCCUGUCCUCUAUGGAAGCCUGUGUUCAGACAAGGAUUGAGUGGGCAUCCCGGAGAAAAAACGUUAGCACAGGCCAGCCCAGGAACCAACCAGGUGAGGGAAGAUCCAGCUCCUUGUGGAGAUGAAUUGGUGGAAUUCCUGAAGGAGUUUGCUCGCUGGGAUCCUUUGCAGGAUUCUUCUGAUGGCAGGACGGAGCUCAUGAGGGCUCUUUUGAUGACCUGCAAGAAGCAGCCAUUCAGGAACGAGAUUGCUGCGGGCUCAAAAGUGGACCAGGCGGUGAACGCCACCUGGGCGGCCAUGGUGUAUCACACACCAGCACUUCACCACAGUCUUAAAAGCUUUGUUGCUAAAAACGGUCAGUGCGGUCUCAGCGAGGACAUUAUGCAGGUUUACACCCUCGCAGAUGGCAUCAGAACAUGGAUGUUGGAGAUGAAACAACGCUACCUUAUGGGGAAAAUGAAUGGAGUAGAGGAAAAAGAUCGAAGUCAGAAUGAGGUUACGAUGGAGUCACUUGCUGAAAUUUGCAUCAGUAGAAGUUUGUUCCUCUUUCAAUUCAGCCCGAGCGGAGGUAUCUCUGCACAUCCGGAACAAGAGUCUUCCAGACCUGAAGAUGGCGCCUGUGCUCCUCCUCUUCUCCGAUCUAUUUCGACCACAGAGGGAGACUUCCAGCCCAGUCCCUCCAUAUCCCAGACCCCUGAGGGAGCAGAAGCAGCAGGGCCAGGUCAGAGUGAGCGGACACAGGAGCAGGCAUUCUCUGCAUCAGUGGAUGCUGGUCUUUCCAGCAGCACCAGUUCUCAGGGUGCCACAGGCUCCUCAGAAAGUCUUCAGUCUCAAACAGGAGACCCUUUGUCCCCGUUAGUCUUCCCACGUAAAGCACCUUUCAGUCGGGGACGCUUGAGGCUCCUGUCCUUACGAUCUAUGGAGGAGCCUCGCACAGCACCACCUGUCAAAGAGCGCUUCCUGAUCCUCAAACACAUCCUCAGCUUUUUGAAGGACAUGGUCAUUAAUGAGAGCAGUGUUCUUCAAACUCUGGCUCUGAAGAAAGCGCAGGCUCUGAGUGUGUGUGAGGUGCUGGAGCUCGUGCAGAAGUGUAUACUCACCCUGGGGAAACCGCACCUCUUCCAGGCACCCUGUAUUUUGUUUCUCCAGGAACUCUUGGCCUGUCAGAAAGAUUUCACAAAUUACUUUUCUCAGUUGGCGGGCAGCGGGCAGGAGAUGAGGGAGCUGGUCAGGCAUUCGCAUCAUCAGCUGGUUCUCAUGCUAGUAGCGGCCGUGCAGGACUUCAACGCACUGAACGAAAAGGUCCUGCUGCCUGCCCUGUCAUGUGUGCAGACAUGUCUGUUGCAUUUGCUGGAUAUGAGCUGGGAGGCCGAAGAUUUGUCGCUGUUUCAGGACAUCAAACUGCCUGAUCUUCUGCUCACCAUGUCACAGGAAAACAUCAGUGUACAUGACAUUGCCAUCAGUCAGUGGACGGAGGAGGAUGAGAUCGCUGACUACGAGAGGAACUGUGAAUGGAUGGAUGAGUGUUUGGACGGCAUGUUUGAGAAAUGGUUUGACAAGAUCAGCCAGGCCUCAGUAGAGGACAAGAGAAAGAUGCACAUGUUCAUUGCACGCUACUGCGACCUGCUAAAUGUGGAGAUUUCGUGUGACGGCUGCGAGCGGAUCGCACCGUGGCAUCGCUACCGGUGCCUGCAGUGCACAGACAUGGACCUGUGCAAGACCUGCUUCCUCAGUGGUGCUAAACCAGAAGGCCAUGAGGAUGACCAUGAGAUGGUCAACAUGGAGUAUGCCUGUGACCACUGCCAGGGCCUUAUUGUGGGCAGCAGGAUUAACUGUAAUGUCUGUGAGGACUUUGAUCUUUGCUUUGGCUGUUACAAUGCCAAAAAAUACCCAGACAGCCAUCUGCCCACCCACCGUAUCACAGUGUACCCUAUGGUCACCAUCCGCAUCAGUGACCGCCACAGACUCAUCCAGCCCUACAUACAUAACUACUCCUGGCUGCUUUUUGCCACGCUCGCCCUGUUCACCUCUGAGCUGGUCAGCGAGAGAGCGCAGGACGGAGAGCCUCUGGAUGAUGUCACCCUCGGUUAUGCCAGCGCUCUGCAGACCCACUGUUCUGACAUCAUCAAUGAGUGCCUGCUGAAGGGACAGACUGGGAAAGGUUUACGAGCCUCUGCCCUGCUGUCCCUGCUUUCUUCGAAUGAAUCAGCCACAGAGAGUGAACUGUGUCCUGCGACGGCUGGCUCCUCUCAGGACAUCAGCAGCACAGACACCUCCUCACUGCCUAGCAGCACUACAGCUAUCUGCUCCCCUUUGCUAUCUAGAGACAGAAAACCCCAAAAGCAGGAGCCUAAUGCAGAAGGUGAUGCGAGGAGGAGGAAGCUAGUCUCUGAAGAUACGUCAGACUCGUCCAGUGCAAGUCAGACACCCUCUGUGUCUAGUGAGGACACACUGUCCCCUGGAGUCAGAGUUCCAGAGUCAAGUGGAGAUACUAUCACAUCUCCUACCUCAGAAAAUCUGGAUGCAUAUAAAGACCAGGAGGAAAAGACAGCCCGGGGGCCGCUACAGGAACACGUGUUUGCUGAAUGCUCCAGAGAGAGAAUUCUGGGAUUGUUGGCAGCCAUGUUGCCUGCAACCAAACCGGGCAGCCCAGUAUCUUUGUCCAGCUUGAGUCCCAUCCUGCCACUGCUGUUCAGAGUGGUCAUCUCGAAUGCCGGCUGUCUCAAUGAAACAUACCACCUGACACUAGGUCUUCUGGGACAGCUUCUGUUAAGGAUUGCUCCUGCUGAGGCUGAUGCAGCUGUGUCAGAGGCACUGACAGAUAAAUUUGAGCUCCUUACCCUCGGAGAUGGAGCAGCACUUGAUGUUCCUGGUUGGAAGACCACUCAACUGCUCUUCAGUCUGGGAGCAGUGUGUCUGGACAGUCGUAUCGGUCUGGAUUGGGCAUGUUCAGUGGCGGACAUCUUGCGGAACCUGAAUGUUUCUUCACAGUGGUGUGCUGUUGUGGCAGCUUUCACUGAUCACUGCAUCCAGCAGUUACCACAGCAACUUAAGAGAACCAACCUCUUCACUUUGCUGGUGCUCGUGGGAUUCCCUGAGGUUCUGUGCAUGGGGACUCAGGCUGUGUUCAUCGAUAAUGCCAACGAACAGCACAACAUGAUUCUGCUCAAACACUUCACUGAGAAGAACAGAGCUGCUGUGGUGGACGUCAAGACCCGUAAGAGGAGAACAGUGAAAGACUACCAGUUAGUCCAGGCGCAUGAGAGCAGCAGCAGGAAUGAUGUGGAGUCUCAUGAGGGACAAGCUGUGUCCCUGACCUCCGCCCACCUGAGCUGCUACCUGAAGAACUUCACCUCUAUUGUGAGUCACCUGCUGCAGGUCGAGGUGGAGAGCAGCGCCCAAGAUGCUGUGGAGGCCACCUGGGUGCUCUCUCUCGCUCUUAAAGGACUCUAUAACACUCUGAAGAAGCACGGUGUGGAUCAAGCCCAGGAGGCCAUCCAAGGCUCAGGCCUGAUGCAGCUCCUGGUCCGCAAGUGCAGCAAGGGCACAGGCUUCAGCAAGAUGUGGCUUUUGCGAGACCUAGAGAUCCUCUCCAUCAUGCUUUAUUCCUCCAAGCGAGAGAUCCACUCCAUGGCAGAGGACGGAGACACCGAGACCGAUGGAGAGAAGGAGAGAGAGAAAGAGCAUGACUCUGAUCACUCCAGCUGCUGCGCUGAUGAUGCUGAUCCAAACAGACCGGAUCCACUGGAAGGACUGGAUGAAGAGACAAAGAUCUGUUUCCAGAUUACCCAUGAUGCUCUCAAUGCCCCACUCCACAUCUUGAGAGCCAUGUAUGAGCUCCAGAUGAAGAGGACAGACUCUUUCUUCCUUGAGGUGCAGAAAAGGUUUGAUGGUGAUGCUAUAAAAACCGAUGAGACUAUUCGUACGCUGGCACAGAAGUGGCAACCAUCUAAAAGACCUCGUUCUGAGGAAAGAAGCACCAAGGCUGUAGAUACUGAUAUUAUCAUUGUGCCCUGUGUGUCUAAACCCACCCGGUGUGAAAAAGCCACAGAAGAAACGAACGUCAUCACACAGAAACUUAUCACCAACAGCGAGAGUGACCUGCAGCUGAGUUACGCCAAACAGCGGCGCACCAAAAGCUCAGCUCUGUUGCAUAAAGAGCUGGACGCCCGCAGUAACAAGGCAGUGCGACAGUACCUUUUCAAGGUGAACGAGGCCAUUGCUAUCCUGUACGCGCGACAUGUGUUGGCGACACUGCUGGCCAACUGGCCUUCUGACACACCCAUCAGAGAGGAAGACCUUGAGCUGAGUGGAGCUUCUCACAUGGCCUACAUACUGGACAUGCUCAUGCAACUAGAGGAGAGACCGAUGUGGGAGAAGAUCUUGCAGAAGGUACUGAGGGGCUGCAGCCAGAGCAUGCUGGGUAAUCUGUCACUGACUGCAUGUCAGUUUAUGGAGGAGCCUGGGAUGGCCGUGCAGGUCCGUGAGUCCAAGCACCCCUAUGACAACAAUACCAACUUUGAGGAUAAGGUGCACAUCCCUGGAGCGAUCUUCCUGUCUGUGAAGUUCGACUCACGCUGUCACACAGAGGAAGGAUGUGACGAGCUCCUGAUGGCCAGCAGUAGCGACUUCCUGCAGGACCUGCACACCUUCAGUGGUUCUCACCAGAAAUGGACGGACUUUGAGAUUCCUGGGGACACUCUCUACUUCAGGUUUAUAUCAGAUAUGAGUAACACCGAAUGGGGCUACAAGUUCACUGUGACUGGUGGCCAUCGAGGGCGCUUCCAGACUGGUUUUGAGAUCCUGAAGCAGAUGCUAGCGGAUGAGCAGGCCCUCACUCACCUCCCGCUGUCUGACAUCUGGGAGUGGCAGGUGGGCGUGGCUUGUCGGCAAACUGGAAACCAGCGGCUGAAAGCUAUUCAUCUGCUGCUGCGGCUCCUGCAGUGUCCGUCUCAAUGGGGUUGUGACCUUACACUUCUGCGGCCGCUGUGGCAGCUCUUCACUACUAUGGAAAGUGGUUUGAGUCAGGACCCCACCAGCAUCACGGUCCUCCUUCCUCUCCACCGCGCUCUCACAGAGCUCUUUUUCAUUGCCGAAGCAAAGGCCAUGGAGCAGGACGUUCUGCAAGAGUACCUUCUUGCUCUCACUACCAAUGAACAGCUGGUAAUUCGCACUGCACAGGCACUGAAGAACAUCGCAGCCAUCAGCCUGGCCAUUAAUUACCCAAAUAAAUCCACUAAGCAGCUCAACCUGUCCCCGUGAAGGAGGGAUGAAAGAGAGAUGCAGAUGAAAGACGGGAAGCUUGCCAGAGCCCCAUGGGUACGGCCUUCUGCGCUCGACUGCUGCAGCGGGAACGGGCCACAUACGUUUUCCAGAAAAAUCCACCUGUAAACCCAACCCUCCACUGUUUAAUCAUGAAGUUAGGGGCACGUGAUGUUUCGUGUCUCUUCAUAAUCAUAAAAGUUUCCUCUUGAAAUGAUGGCGAAGGAUCUUUCCUUUUUCUUCUUUUUUGGGCUCACCUUGUCUGUUUUACCUCCUUUUUAACAAUGAGAGUUUAGUGGGCUGUGCCAAAUUUGUUUCUCACUCAUAAGCACGUGUUCCUUUCUCCGCCCCUUCGUUUUCUUUGCCACCGUGGGCAAGACAAUCGAUCAAAGUAAAAGCAGGUCACCUUCCCUGCCUCACACUCUCCCCGGACACGUCGCCUAAAAAUACGAAGCUGCCGACGCAGUCUCAUCCUUCAAAGUGGCCCGAGACUACAUACGAUUCACAAUAUUUCGAUAUCUAUCCAAAACCGCGGGGCCUUGUCUCUGUUCGCCCUCAGUGGAGCCUGAUGAGCUGAUGUUUGUUCAGUACUAGCAGCUAGCAGUUACACUUGAAAACCACAUGCUUCUAGACAAAUGGCGGCUGAUGUUUGCGAGUAAAAUAAAAAAACGAAACAAAGAGUUUGAUGUGCCAUUCGAGAACAGAAGGCGCCGUUUGCCUUAAGAGAGCGACUCAAAGUGAUCUUUCAACUGAUUGUGGGCCAGUUAACAAAGCUACGAAAUGUCCUAGUAAGGGGAAUGUCAGUGCUUGUGUCUUACAUUGUCACGUCCCAGAUUCUCAACUCACUCGUAGUGCAGCAUACCACCAGGAAAUGUAGAGCACUAUGUACAGAAAUAUCACUUUAUGUUGUGCUGCAUGUAACACUGGACUGAAUCAUGACGUCCAUUACUGUUCGGGGCAUAUUGGUUGGUGUUUUAUAGAUCUAUUCUGUAAUAUUACUGCGGUUGGAGAUGUUCUUGAGUGUUUGAUCUGUUAAAUGAUACACAAUUGCGAGUUUAGUGGACGGUCAAAAGGUGCAGAACUUGAUAAUCAUAAACUUCAUCCAUCAAAGCGGUUUCCUUCUAAUCUAGCGAUUGAGACUCACCAGUAUUUUAACUGUGGUGACAUGGAUACGGUUAUGGAAGUUGUGUUGCUUUAAAAAUAUAUAUAUUAUCAUUACAGGGACAUUUUAGGGUGAAUCUUGAGUGAAGCAUUUGAUUGGCUAACAGAGAGAUAUGUUGCUGUUUUUGCGGUCACGUAAAGGUUCUUAGUUCUAAUCAAUGUUUAUCUUAAUAGUUAGCCUAUUUUAUUAAUUGUCAAUUUUUGCCCUGUAGCCAAGUGUUUCUCUUUUUUUAUGAAAUAUAGCUUUUUGUUCUUGACAGGGGUAUUCAGGUCUUUGAUUUUGAUUUCAGUUUGAUUUCAUUUUAGUUGGAAAGGGAUUGAGAUGGGUAGUUAUUCAUGCCAAAGAAUCAUUGUUGUUUGAAAAAGAAAUGUAUAUUUAUCUUCCAGAAGAGAUAUUGGGGGUGGUUGGUGGAGGUGGUGUUAUAAUUGAAAAGAAAGCUCCAACGACGGACACGGAUCCUUUAGUCCUCAAUGUUUUUGUUUACAUACGUACUAGCAUGGAGCGCUGGCUACGUUUGGUGGCCCUGCUCAGCCUCAGUUCGGGUGGAACAUUUCAAAAUGUCUGCCAGGAAAAUUUCCUGUCACUAUAAAGCCUCAGAUAUUAACAAACGAUGUGCCUAUGUUUAAAAUGAAGCAAUCUUAAUUUAAUCUUCAUAUCAUUGUAAAAGUCCUCUCUUCAACUAUAUUUUUAAAGAAAAUUAUAUAGUUUAAUUUGGAGCAUUUUCUAUCUAUUUUAUUUUUAUGAAUGUUUUUUUUUUCUUUCUCAGAGUUUAUGGCUUCAAUUGCUUUGAAUUUGACAUGAAUGUAUAUAGUUGUGAAUAUGGACAAUUGCAUAAAUAAUUGAUAUGAAAAUAAUUUUUCAAUUCAGCCCUCCACAUUAAAAAAAAUGUCAUAACAAUGUACUAUAUUGUUGUAAGUUUACACUUGACCCUUUUGAAUUGAUUUGCUAUGUCACGCAAAAAGAAAAAAACUGCUCUGGGUUGAUUGCUCAUUUGUUUUUAAUUAAAAAAGCAAGAUAUGCAAA